GGGGAUUCCAAGUUAUGUCUUUUGAGCAGCCCAACAACUGUCUAACAGCUGAGACCCUUUGUCUAGCUGAGCCUUCCUGCAGUGCCACCUAUCAGAUCCUGCGAAACUGUUCCCAGCAUCUUUCUAAGAACAGUUACAUCUUUCUGAACCAUGAUGAAGCCAAGACCAGAUGCAUAGAGGCACAAAUAAAAAUGAAGAGUAGUCAUUUCCAGCAUUGCAAAUGUCAUCAUAAGAAGGAAGAGCGUUGCUUGCAAAUCUACCGGGCUGUUUAUUCAACUUUAACACAAGAUGACUUUCAUUUGGAGGUGCUUCCCCAUAGGGAUGUAGCAAACAAAGAAGCUGUGAAGACAAAAUACAACAAGCUGGCAACUCGUGUCUCAGGUUCCCAUAGAACCAAAGAUAGCUCAAAUUCCUGCCUGCUUGCGGCUAAUACUUGCCAAUUGAACCACAAAUGCCUGCGUCAGCGCUCACAAUAUGCUCAGGCCUGCACUACAGGAUACCCAUGUGACAAACGCCUAUGCCACCGAAAUCUGAGACACUUCUUUGAUAAGAUUGGUAUGGAUUUCACCAAGAAGCUCCUGUUUUGUCCUUGCCAAGAUGAAGAUUGUGGGGAACGACGCUGGCAAACCAUUGUCCCACAAUGUUCUUUCGUGAGCAGCAGGAAGCCCAAUUGCCUCGACUUGCGGGAUGCCUGCUUAAAGGAUAAUGUCUGCAGAUCUCGGCUGGCUGAUUUCCAAGAAAAAUGCAAAUCGUUACAGACAUUCACAGAUGGCUGCUCUCCACUGAAUUAUGCAGCAUGCCUGCAGGCUUACAUGAAGAUGAUUGGUACAUCUUUGACCCCCAAUUAUGCGAGCAACUCCAGUACUGAGAUCACACUUUGGUGUUCCUGUUCAAACAGUGGCAAUCAUAAAGAGGAGUGUGAUCGAAUCCUUAACUUAUUUUCCAGCAACAAGUGUCUCAAUAAUGCAAUCCAAACUGAGAUGAAUCUUGGCCAAAAGAAUAAGGAGGUGCAGGACCAGCCGCCGCAAUUCACUCCUUCUGUAGACAUUCAAGGAGAUGGCACUAGCACAAUGUUCACUGAAAAACUGUACCAGGAACCUGAGGUGAAGGAGGAGAAGAAAGAUUCAGAAAUUCUUACCCUCAACCAAAAAUCAGCCCCAAAUUCUGAAUAUCCCAGAGCUCAGUUUUCCUCACUCAUCUUGAUCUUAACCUUAGUCUUCUUAUUUCUUGGCCCACCUUAACCUAAUAUGAAUUUUAUUGCUACUAUUGUAUAUUUCCUUGAGAAGGGGAAACUGACUUGUUUCAUGCAGAGAGGAAGCAUUGGUCCCUGCAUAUUUGUUUAACCUUCUAUCAGCACAGUGGCCCUUUGACUCAUUUUUGUAUACAGCUGCAGUAGAAGUCAGUGGGAGAUGACGUGGAAUUCAGAUUACCUCCCUGCCCUGAGAAAAAAGCAAGCAGGUAGGAGAUUCUAGGGAACUACUUUUUAAAAUCUAAAUCAGGGUAAAAAUUUCAUAUUCUAAAAUAUCCUCUUUAAGAAGACAAAGAAAAACUGGUUCAUCCUGGUCUGUUAAAUGAUGUACAAUUUCUGCCAAAGGAAAACCCCCAACAUCUGGAUUAUUAUCAGGACUGUUGUAGAAUAGUCUUUUUUAAUCAGCCAAGGCAAAAAUGUUGUGUUAAGGGCAUGAUACUGAACGGUAGCCUCUGUACAUGGUUUCUUGUUUGCCCAACUAAUCUUAAUGUGUUAAUUAUACAAGGGAAAUUUAAAUCACCUGAGCCAAGAUGAAUUUAUGUAUUUUUUUCAAUAAAAAGCAUCUUCUUUAGCAAUAGCUACAAAGUCCAGCUUUUCACAAGACUCCGCAUGCAAGCUAAGAUUUUAUGCACAACAGAUUCCUAGAUGCAUCAAAUGUUGUUUGCCAUACGUUAGCAUCCCCUUACAUACCUUUCUGUACAUUGUGUAGAAUUAAAAGUUAUCCAUGACCUGACAAUUGUGGGUGUAGAAACUGUGAUAUUAUAUGUUGUUCUUUUAAACUGCAAUGGUAUGUUGUUAAUGCUGUUUAUACAUUACUUAUUUACAUUUCUUAUAUGGACACUGCCAUGAGAAACCUUCAAGUUUUGAAAGAACUAUCAAGUACGGUAAAUCCAGUAGUUCUUCGCUGCAUCUCUUUCCUUCUUAUUCUAAAGAACUGGAAUAAUGUGGCUGUGAAGUUGCCUGUCAUAUGUGCAAGGAUUAAGACUGUGCUGCAUUCCAUAAUGGUGGUUAUUCUAAAACAAAGUUGUAAUGCAACAUAUAAUUGUAAUAAUUUUCUACAUCUUAGCAUGUUGUGCACUUUUUUAUUGUGGCAUAGGUUUUGUCUUCUGAACUGUGAAGGAUGUGGAGCUUCAUCUUUAUUUACUGUAUGCUUAGUAACAAAAAAGGAAGCCUUAUUUGCAUGGGUUCCUACACCAUUCUGCAGUAACUAUGGCACCUAUUAUGGAAAUUAUAAAAGGAUUUGUCCCCACUUUUUAAAUUUGCAAUUAUAUUUGUAAAAAAAUUGGAAGUAUGGCUUAUUUUUUAAAAAAGGCAAGAAAUGAUGUGUUAUCAGAAGGAAUAUAACAAUAUAAAAUCUUAACAAUUUUUUAAAACAAUUCUGACUGUAAAAUAAAAUAUUAGAACAUAUUAUAGACUGGGAUUAAGCAUUUGGACUUUUAUACAAAUUCUGAAGAUGGGGAGUUACAGAAGUCAUUUAGAUAAAGUUAAUAAUUUUGCAACACUAGGAAUAGUCUACAGUUUCCAUUAAGAAAAUAUGACAACAAUGCAAAGUAUUGGAAAACCCUAAAAUUAAACUUCGUAAUAAGUAAAAAGGUAAAGAUGAUUUUUUAAAAAUCAUAGUAUUGUUUUCCAUGAUUGACUUUCUGCAGUUAUUACAUUCAUAAUAGAUUUACAAGAGCUAGAGGUACAACAGCACAAUUACAAAACUGAACAUACUAUCAUGAAUUAAGAAGUAAACUAUAGGUUUUCCAGGGUGUGGUCCUGGUAUAGCACCCAUAAACAUCAACAAAACUUUGAUGAACUUUCUUUUGUUCACUUGGGUUGCACUUCUGUUUCCUGAGGUCCAUGCACACCUAGGGAAAUAAGAAGGCUCAUUUAGGCUUCUCUCUCCUUCCCCUAGAUAAGAGGAGAAUGUCCCAAUCAUUCCACAGGCCUCAUAUACUUCCUAUGUAUAUGGUAAGUGGGAGAACAAGAUGUUGAAAGGUGUGAUAUUACAACGACCAAGGUCAAUGUGGCAGCCUUUUAGGUUACAUGGAUUUCAACUUCCAGAAAUUCUAGUGACUGGAGAAUUCUGGGAAUUGAAGUCCAUAGAUCUUAAAGUUGCCAUGGUUCAGGAACAUUGGCCUGGCUGGGACAUACCAGUGAGCAUUUUCAUCUAAAGUAUUGUUCCUCCUCUAUUUACUUGCAUUGUUCUAAUACUUAUUUCAUACUUCUUAUAUGGUUAUAUUGAUUUUAUUUCAUAUAAUAUUGAAUAUAUCUACAACUCCCAUGCCUCUCCUGAAAGGAGAAAUUGCAGAACACUAGACAUUCCUAAAAUGUUAUCAAAUAUCUAUAGUACAUUGUCUAGGUCUCUUGGCAAACAUAAAAGAAGUGAGAGUAUUCUGAAUUACUGUAAUAAAAAUUCCAAUAUCUUGUACAUGUGAUUCAGCUUAUAAUGUCAAAAA